AUGGCAGGAAGAGAGAAACUUUCGAUCAAAAGCAAUGCUACCGACGAGGCGCCUUCGAAACGAAUCACCAGAAAUAAAAGCCCGGCGAGGAAAAACAGAAGCCCUGCCAAAAGCCCGGGAAGGCCCAAGAGCCCGGGGAGGCCCAAGAGCCCAGGAAGGCCAAAGAGCCCCGCAAGGACGAAAAGCGAUGCUAGCCCAUCGAGAACCACCAAAGGCAGGCCCCCUACGCCGACGAGAACGAGCCGAAUCACAACUAGAAGUCCCGGUAGACCUAGGAACGCGUCGCCCGUCGAAAGACCCGUGCAAAAUUCCUUGCGGAGAUCGCCCGGAAGGUUGGCCAAAGAAGCUUCGACAGAUAAAGAAAAAGAAUCUGUUAUCAAAAAACCCAAGCUCGUUAUCGAUAUAGAGAGCGAUACCGAUUCUGAUAACGGGGAUGUGGAAUACAUGCCGGAAGUCAAAGAAAAACCCAAAGCUACUGUCAGAGGUCGCACAAGACGUGCAGAUUCUAAGACUCAUGAAGUGGAGAAACCGCUGUUGAACAAUGAUUCGGGCUUGUUUAGACGGUUCACUCGGUCGUCUCAGAACAAGGAAGUGGAACGUGUUGUUCACGUACAACAUUUCGAUGCCCUAAGUAACAAACGCCUCGGUGAAUUCUCGGACGAAGAUGAGAUAGAGAAGAAGCAAACGGAAUACAUCAACAACAAGCAAUUGAUCGAAUUCAACAAAAAUUGCGGCGCCUCGUUGUUAAUACCGGCCAUACCUCUAACGGUGCUCGCUUUGUAUACGUUUUGUGCUCGUACCGAAAGCAACGGUUUGCCCGAUUUGGCAAAAUUCAAAUCGUUUUCUGCAUUUUUCGAUGUGAAAUCCGCCGUGUGGUUGAUUGCCUAUUACUUGAUUUUGGCCAUUUUUACUGCUAUACCAACGGGCGGGUUUAAGGUGAGCGGGCCACCCAACAAGUACGGUAAAUUCGAUUACGUGCUAAACGGAUUUCUCAGUUUCGUCGUGUUUUUGCUCAUAUUCGGCGGGUUCCAGUACAAAAAAAUCGACGUGGCUGGAUAUUUCAUCGAUCACGUUUUCCAGAUUUUACUUUCUUCCAUAUUGUUUGGUUUUGUCAUAUCCGUUUGCGCUUACGUAAGAAGUUUCUACGUGCCGAUUAGCGCGCUUAAUACGUACGCCGUGGGAAAAGGGUCUCUGUAUGGAUUCUUCAUUGGCAGAGAAUUAAACCCGAGGGUGUUUUCCCUGGUGGAUUUGAAACUGCUGUUCUUCAGGGCAACGAUCAUUGCGACUAUCCUCAUCGACUUCGCUUACGUAUUCAAAUCGGUGGAGUCCAAAAUUUUCAUAGUAGUCACCGACAACACGUUAGUCGUCAAUCCCAAAUUGCUGACCCUUAAUCCUACCCUGUACGUUUUCGCCGCCCUCCACGUCUAUUAUUUCCUCGAUUCGCUCCUGUUCGAAUCGUCCUGGUUGACUUCCUUCACCAAUCAACAGGAGGGCUUCGGCUACUUGUUGACCAUUUCCUAUUCAGUGGCGCCGUUUUUCCACACGAUUUCGACCAAGUACGUUGCGGAACAGAAGGUGGAAUUGCCCGUAUGGCAGUUGGUACUCGCCAGCGUCAUCUACGCCACUGGGUUGUUUAUUUACAGAUGUAGUAACAAUCAGAAGGGGUACUUUAGAAGGAAUCCGUACAGUUCGUCUUUGACAAAUCUAGAGACGAUGCCGACCGCUCAAGGCAAAAAGCUAAUAGUAUCCGGUCUCUGGGGUUGCGUGAGACAUCCGAACUACCUGGGGGAUAUCUUAAUCCAUCUUUCGUGGGUUCCGUUCGUGAAGUUAGCUCUUCCGUUAGUCCCCAUUUGCAUUACGAUUUUGAUGUUGGUGCAACGGACGUGGAGGGACAACGCUCAUUGUACGCUCAAGUACGGGGCGGCUUGGGACAGGUAUCGAAACAGGGUCAAGUACACUCUGGUUCCUCGUGUGUUUUAA